GGGACGUGUUCGGGCGUCUCCGCCAUUUUGUGAGUCUAUAACUCGGAGCCGUUGGGUCGGUUCCUGCUAUUCCGGCGCCUCCACUCCGUCCCCCGCGGGUCUCCUGUGUGUGCAAUGGACGGCAUCGUCCCAGACAUAGCAGUUGGUACAAAGCGGGGAUCUGACGAGCUCUUCUCUGCCUGUGUCACUAACGGACCCUUUAUCAUGAGCAGCAACUCGGCCUCCACAGCAAAUGGAAAUGACAGCAAGAAAUUCAAGGGGGACAACAGAAGUGCAGGGGUGCCGUCCAGAGUGAUCCACAUCCGGAAGCUCCCCAGCGAUGUCACUGAGGGGGAGGUCAUAUCCCUGGGACUGCCUUUCGGCAAGGUCACCAAUCUCCUGAUGCUGAAAGGGAAAAACCAGGCCUUCAUCGAGAUGAACACUGAGGAGGCCGCCAACACCAUGGUGAACUACUACACGUCAGUGACCCCUGUGCUGCGUGGCCAGCCCAUCUACAUCCAGUUUUCCAACCAUAAGGAGCUCAAGACAGACAGCUCUCCCAAUCAGGCGCGGGCCCAGGCAGCCCUGCAGGCAGUGAACUCAGUCCAGUCAGGAAAUCUGGCCCUGGCUGCCUCGGCUGCAGCAGUAGAUGCAGGAAUGGCAAUGGCCGGCCAGAGCCCGGUGCUCAGGAUCAUUGUAGAGAACCUCUUCUACCCGGUGACCCUGGACGUGCUGCACCAGAUUUUCUCCAAGUUUGGCACUGUCCUGAAAAUCAUCACCUUCACCAAGAACAACCAGUUCCAGGCACUGCUGCAGUACGCCGACCCUGUGAGCGCCCAGCACGCCAAGCUGUCACUGGACGGGCAGAAUAUCUACAAUGCCUGCUGCACCCUGCGCAUCGAUUUCUCCAAGCUCACCAGCCUUAAUGUCAAGUACAACAACGACAAGAGCCGUGACUACACUCGCCCCGACCUGCCUUCUGGUGACAACCAGCCCUCACUGGACCAAACCAUGGCUGCUGCCUUCGGUGCGCCUGGUAUAAUGUCAGCCUCCCCGUAUGCAGGAGCUGGUUUCCCUCCCACCUUUGCAAUUCCUCAAGCCGCAGGCCUCUCUGUCCCUAACGUGCAUGGGGCCCUGGCUCCUCUGGCUAUCCCGUCAGCGGCGGCAGCGGCGGCAGCAGCAGGCCGGAUCGCCAUUCCAGGUCUGGCAGGGGCAGGAAAUUCCGUCCUGCUGGUCAGCAACCUCAAUCCCGAGAGAGUCACACCCCAAAGCCUCUUUAUUCUUUUCGGCGUAUACGGUGAUGUGCAGCGGGUGAAGAUCCUGUUCAACAAGAAGGAGAAUGCCCUGGUGCAGAUGGCAGACGGGAGCCAGGCUCAGCUGGCCAUGAGCCACCUCAAUGGGCACAAGCUGCAUGGAAAGCCUGUGCGCAUCACGCUCUCCAAGCACCAGAACGUGCAGCUGCCUCGUGAGGGCCAGGAGGACCAGGGCCUCACGAAGGACUAUGGCAACUCGCCCUUGCACCGUUUCAAGAAGCCGGGCUCCAAGAACUUCCAGAACAUCUUCCCACCCUCGGCCACCUUGCACCUCUCCAAUAUCCCGCCCUCCAUCUCUGAGGAAGAUCUCAAGAUUCUCUUCUCCAGCAACGGUGGUAUCGUCAAAGGGUUCAAGUUCUUCCAGAAGGACCGCAAGAUGGCACUGAUCCAGAUGGGCUCUGUGGAGGAAGCCAUCCAGGCACUCAUUGACCUGCACAACCACGACCUGGGUGAGAACCACCACCUGCGCGUGUCUUUCUCCAAGUCCACCAUCUAGGCCACUGUGGACCAGCCUGCCGGGCACCCGGCAACAACUUCCAUCAUUCCAGAAAAAAAGCCACUUUAAACGCAGCUGAAGUGACCUUAAAAGACCAGAGAUUUUAUUUUUUUAAAAGAAAUCAGUUUACCUGUUUUUAAAAAAUUAAAUCUAAAUCUUUUGUUCACUUGGGGAGAUGGGGUGCUGGCCUCAGGCCCUUGGUGACAGUCAGCACAGCCCGCUCCCAGCCCCUCGCCUGUGCCUUCUGCAGCCUGCGGGCGGGCGCUCCCAAACCUCCACUCGGCUCUCUUGUGCCUUAAACCCGCUGCUCUGGCAGGGCCUUGUUGGGGUGAUAGACGCGUAGGGGUUUGGGGGCCCAAGGACUCCACCUCCCGUGGGAUCAUGUGCCUGGUAUUGUGGGAGGCUGCGGGCGGCUAAGUCUGGCCGACACCCCUAAUCCUUUAAUCAAGUGUGUGAUUUCCCCCUCCCCAGCCCCAAGGGCCUUCCUUGGUUGGGUGAGACCCCAGGGUGUGUCCCUGUGCUUCUUCAGCUCUGUUUCCACUGUAAUCUCUGUAUUAUGCUUUGAUGCAGCUGCAGACGUCGUGCCUAGCAAUAUUUCCAGUUGACCAAAUAUUCUAAUCUUUUUCAUUUAUAUGCAAAAGAAAUAGUUUUAAGUAACUUUUUAUAUAGCAAGAUGAUAAAAAUUGUAUGAGUGUAACCUAAAUUUUCUCCUUGUGCUAUGACCUUGUAUACUGUACUUUUAUUUUAUUCCUUGGCAGUAAGUUGCAGGGCAGGUUCUAGUUUCCAGGGCAGACACAGCGGGGCCGGCUAGGCGCCGGGGCGCGGAGCCCAGGCUCUGUCUGAGACCUCCAGAUGCCUUACACCCAGCUGUCCUCUAGUGAGGACAGGCGCUCUUAAACUUUCAGGGUUUCUUUUUUUCCUGAAAAUUUUGGACCAAAGUUUUGUUUCUGCUUCAUGUCUGCCUCUAUUGCUGGGACCCCAGGAGGUGGGGCAGCUGCCCUUCCGUCUUAGUGCCUCGUCCUGCAUCCAGGUCCAGGGGGCUCCCUGUGCAGACCUUGUGCUGGUCAGCUCCCCCCUUUGGGGCCUGGACCUCCAAUUUCCGUGUGGGGUGGAACAAGGGUGUAAAUAUUUAUAAUUUUUUAUACCUGUUGUAAGACGUGAGAGGCAGCAGCAAAUGCGGUUUUUUACGGUGACACAGAUGUAUAUUUUGAUAACAGCAAUUACAGGCCCAGUAUUGUACGGAGCAUGGCAGUCCACUGCCCACCGCCGGCUUGUAAUGCAGAGAGAACUGAAUUAAAGCAAUUUUAUAACAACUCCUACCUUUUCUGUAGGCUCUUUUUUCCUGUCCACAUUGUAGAAGAUGGUUUGGCCAGUCUGUACCGGACUUUGAAUAAACUCUCUGUACCCUGCA